CUCUUCUUUGCAUCUCUGAUUCUCUGCUUGACAUUUUUUGUGCGCGUCAUCCUUUUUUUUGCGUUCUAUUCCCUGUCUUUUGAAGAAUCCUUGACUGUUACGAGUAUAGACCUUGACAACUGCUGGAUCAGUUGCCUUUUCACCAGAAAUCCCCAGAAAAUGGCCACCAACAACUCACUCUCAAAGACUCUAGCCAUCGUGCUCCUGCUUCUAGGUUUCACCACCCUCGUGUUCGGCCAAGGCACCCAAUUCAUCACGGGCCCUUGCAAGUCCGACGCGGACUGCGCCUCCGCGUGCUGCGGCUUCAACUCCGGGAAGUGUGCCGGACCUGUGGUCGCCCAGGAACGCGACGGAGGAUGCGGUUUCGGUAACGCUUCUCCCAACGCCAACGCGGCCAACGCACUGACCGGCGGCGCACCCGCGGCGACGACACCCGCGACGGCCUCGAGCGGCGGUGCCGGUACCGGUACAACGGGGGGUGGAAGUGGCGGCAACAACAACGGAGGUGGCGGCGGGAGUGGAAGCGCCGCCGCGGUCAACAGCAACCUCCCCGGAGCCGCCAACGUGGGCAACGGAGCCGGAAAACAAUUCAUCACGGGACAAUGCAAGAGCGACGCCGACUGCGCCUCGGGGUGCUGUGGGUUCAAAAGUGGCCUCUGUGCCGGUGCGGUGAUUGCCCAAACCCGUGAUGGUGGAUGUGGCUUCGGCGACUCCUCUCCCAACAGCAACGCCGCUCAGGCUCUCACGGGAGGUGCUGCCGCUCCUGCUGCCGUCGCCACGGGUUCUUCCUCGUCCUCUUCUUCGGGGAACAACAACAACAACAGCAACAACAACAACAACAACAACAACAACAACAACAACAACAACAACAACAACAACAACAACAACAACAACAAUGGUAACGGCGGCGGCGGCGCGACUGCUCCGUCCCCGACACAAGCCGCCGCGGUGUCGAUAGACAGUAGCAUCCCAGGGGCGGCCAAUGUCGGCAACGGCGCCGGCAAACAGUUCAUCACCGGGCAAUGUCUGAGCGACGCCGACUGUGCGUCGGGCUGCUGCGGUUUCAAGAGCGGCAAGUGCGCCGGCGCCGUCAUCGCGCAGACCAGGGACGGAGGUUGCGGGUUCGGGGACGCCACCCCAAACGACACCGCCGCUCAGGCCUUGUCGGGAGGGGCCAAGAAGAAGAGAUGGGUGCGAGAGUACAUGGCGUGAGUUACGUUUGUCGUAUUGUAGGUGGAAUAGGUCCCCCCCGUCACCUGAAACUGAAACGGCCGGGUGGUCAUCUCACGACAAAUUUAUUUAGGUACCUGUCUACCCUGGGGUGGUCUUAUAUACUGCGUAUCGUUGAUCUGUAC